CAAUGGGAAGGGCCUGAAAUACGGAAGUGUUAGGGGAAAUACAAGACGGUGACAGGAUGACGAUCCAUAACUUGUACAUCUUUGACAGAAAUGGUAUCUGUUUGCAUUACAGUGAGUGGAACCGGAGAAAGCAAGCUGGGAUCUCAAAAGAUGAGGAGUACAAGCUUAUGUAUGGAAUGCUUUACUCCAUUCGCUCUUUCGUCAGCAAGAUGAGCCCAACAGACAUGAAAGACGGUUUCCUCUCCUUCCAAACCAGCAAAUACAAACUGCAUUACUAUGAGACACCAAGUGGCGUCAAGGUUGUCAUGAACACAGAUUUGAGUGUGGGGAGCAUACGUGAUAUUCUGCAUCAGAUCUACAGCACGAUCUACGUAGAAUAUGUUGUGAAGAAUGCUCUCUGUUCUCUCAAUGAUCCUAUUCAAAGUGAACUUUUCCGAGCCAAACUGGACAGUUACAUACGGAGCCUCCCAUUCUUUUCUGCUCGUGCUGGUUGAGAAUGGACCUUAAGGACUCUUAAAAUAUCCUUCUUGCUCUCAUGAAACGAUGGAGAUCUCCCCUGCCCCCCAAACACUCAGGUUUGCUUUAGAAGAAGUGGGAACAUAUCUGUGAAUGUGCAAAACAAUGGUACAUGCAGCGGCCUGAGCAUUGAGGCAUUUGUACCUUUAAAUAGGUGUGAAAAGGUUAUGUGUUUAACCACUUGUCUGCCAUUCUGUCAGAAACAGUUUUGAAGAACUCUCAAGCAUGCAUCACUGACACUGGUGACAGAUGGGUUUGGGGUGAAUAUAAACUUAACCUGGAAACUACUUUUUGAUUGGUUUUAGUUUACCCCCUUAAUGUAAUGUCAGCAAUGUUUACAAGUAUUAUCAAUUUGUGUUAGUGAACAUUUCCUAAUAAACAUUCAUUUUGUGUGUGCUCUUUUA